AUGGGCGUGUGCGCAAUGCAGAAGAAGCUGGCCAUCCACGUCGUCAGGCAAGGGGCUGUAUUGAAAGCCGCCUAUCUUAUUGCGGCGAAAAGAGCAAAGCUUUUCACUCCACGGGCGGCUUUCAAGAUUUCAUUGGAUGAAAUCCUAGCUUCACCUGAAAGCACGCUGCACCACUGCUUGAAAGAUAACGAGAAACAUGAUUCAAAACAGGGAACUUUAGGAAAGUCAGCGGAAGGCAAGGACGGGAAAAGGGAAGCUGGAGAUUUAUGUGAACCGGGGACAAGCUUCGAGGUGCGGGAGGCAGCGUCGGAGGAAGAGCUGCUUGCGGCCGCGUGGAUGCGGGCGGACGUGUACGCAGACGGGCUGCCAUACACGCGGUUUGUGGACAGCUACCGGAAGCAAUUUGCCGAGCAGGAGUUCGGUUCGUUACUGAAGCGGACAAAAGCGCAAACGGGGCGCCACCUUCGGUGUUGCUGCCUGGUCGCAGUCGACCCCACCGCGCUGGCUGCUUCGUAUCCGGCUUCCGACUACGUCAUUGGUACGCUUGACGUCAGCCUAAAGCAACUUAUGCCAGGGGAACGGAUUGCUGGGGAAGAAACUUCGGAAGAAAGCGUGACCUUUGCGGGCAAGCGGCCCGUCACUAAGGCGCGAAAAUACGUGUACAUAUCGAACGUCUGCGUUCCCGAGCGCGCGCGGCGGAGGGGCAUCGCCGCGCAAAUGAUGGGGGCCGCCGCAUUGGUGGUUAAAGAGUGGGGCUUUAGUGAAGUCUUCUGCCACGUGGAAGUCGAUAAUAGGGGCGCGCAGGAGUUGUACAAGAAACUAGGUUACGAGAAAUACGGCGAGGUGGUUGUCCAGGAGACCGUCUCGGGCGCCCACGUGUCGUUGCGACGAACGCUGCUGCUGAGAGCGGAGCUCGAUAUGCUAUAGGCUUUCGUAUUUCAGUGACGGAACCUGCGGAGGCGGCUUACCUGGGGUUGAAGUCGCAAUCCUCUUUGCCAGCACACGUCGUCGGUGCACAACGAUCGAACAUUUCGAGGGACAAAACUGACAGCGGCAGUAGCGAGAAGUCAGGAUCUUCAAAUACCCAUUCUUUCGCAGUCAGGCUCGACUAACGUCAGCCGGCCUAUUUCAAUGUUGACAUACUGGUAGUCUCAGAGCCUGAGCACGGAUGAUAAACUGGUUCGGCAGCGUGACAGUCACGCUUAGUGGCCCCCCAAGCAAGGGACGUAGAAAGGUCAGGUUCACAUUCACACGAGGUAUAUUUAUCGUUGGAGUUUUGUCCUUAUUGACGCGGACCUCAUUAAGCAGUGACCAUCAUCCAUAUGUGCCGUGCACACUCGUAACUUAAUCUCUGUAGGACUGCUGGCUAGGCUACAGCAACUAUAGCGUGUACAGAUCAACUCAGCGCUCUCAACUUUCGCGAGCUCGUGAUGGAUGCCGCGGCCCAAUUACGGAUUGAUCAUGCA